CGGGCCGUCAGUUGGUUGGACGUUAUUAAGAGUGUAACACAUACGUAUAGCUCCCGAUGGCUUCAGACCUAAUACAAUAUUAAGAAUAUCCAGAACCCAGUGGAAACCAUAUUUACAACUAUUUCAGGGACCAUGGACCUAAAUGGUGUGCUGGCUCUCAUUCCCUGGAGAAGAGCAAUGAGGCUCGGCCGCCUGUCGCACUGCGCUCUCAUCUUCGUCGUCUUGUGCAGCUUCGUCAAGUUUUUCCAGUUACCAUUGCAGCCAGAAGAGAUGUAUCCUACAGAGUCCCACCGGAAAAGGAAAUUAUUUUACGGGGCGAACAAAAGGAACUUAACUUCGCCGGAGGCGAGAGGACUCAAGUCUCCCGAGGAAGGAGGAGGAGGAGGAGGUGGAGGAGGCGAAGAAGAAGAAGAAGAAGACGGCGCCGGAAACCCGAUACUAAACCGGACACAUGUUUGGGAGGACAACGACAGCAACACAUCCAAGAGUUUUCCGUAUAGGUGCUCAUGA